ACAACGCAACUGGGCGCAACCAGUGGACGCAACGUUCAAGUUGCUUUGAAGUUUAAACACAUGUGCUCAGUGUCAGCAGCGGUUGAACAUAACCUUAAAAAAUGGUUAAGGAAUUGUACAGGGAAACUGCGGUGGCCCGCAAAAUUUCCCAUGUCACGUUUGGAAUUGACAACCGUCAUAACAUGGAGCGGCAAGCCCAUAUCCAUGUCGUCUCCAAAAAUCUCUACAGUCAGGACAGCCAUCGUUCGCCAGUGCCUUAUGGUGUUCUCGAUAGAAAAAUGGGAACAUGCUCCAAUCAGGACAGCUGUACCACAUGUGGUAAAACAUUGAACGAAUGUAUCGGGCACUUUGGAUACAUUGAUUUGGAACUGCCAGUAUUUCAUGUGGGAUAUUUUAGAUCUGUGAUAAACAUCCUUCAAACAAUAUGCAAGAAAUGUUCACACGUGAUGCUGAAAGAGACAGAGAAAAAAAGUUACAUGUUGCGUGUAUUGAAUCCAAAUAUAGGAUACUUGACUCGUAAAGCACUGAGAAAACAAAUACUGGAAAAGGCAAAGAAAAAUUCUACGUGUCCAAAUUGUGGGGAUUUAAAUGGAACAAUUAAAAAAGCAGGGUUGUUAAAAAUUGUUCAUGAGAAAUAUAAGAACAAAAAAACAGUUGAUAUGGCGGUGAAACGAAGACUGGCCGAAUAUAACAAUGUAUUGGAAGAGAACAGAGAACUAGAAGGGAUUCUUCAAAGUGGACUGCUUCAUGUCUUGAACCCCAUUGAGGUUCAAGGUAUCCUGGAGCGUAUACCAGUAUCAGAUGUGCCUCUUCUGCUAAUGAAUCCUGACUGUUCGCUACCAAAAGAUUUAAUUUUAACAAGAAUUCCCGUGCCUCCAAUUUGCAUUAGGCCGAGCGUUGUCUCCGACGUAAAGGCAGGCACAAAUGAGGAUAAUUUAACAAUGAAACUGUCAGAAAUUGUCUUCAUUAAUGACGUUAUUCAAAAACAUAGACAAAGCGGAGCCAAGGUGCAGAUGUAUAACGAAGAUUGGGAAUUUUUGCAGUUGCAUUGCGCUCUUUAUGUCAAUAGCGAAAUGUCCGGUAUCCCACUAAACAUGCAGCCUAAAAAGUCUGGUCGAGGUUUAGUUCAGCGCCUCAAAGGAAAACAAGGCAGAUUUCGCGGCAACUUAUCUGGAAAACGUGUUGAUUUUUCGAGCAGAACUGUGAUUUCGCCAGAUCCCAAUUUACGCAUUGAACAGGUAGGAGUACCGAUUUAUGUUGCAAAAAUCUUGACAUAUCCAGAAAGGGUGAAUGCUUCUAACAUAGAAUUAAUGCGUAAAUUGGUGCAAAAUGGUCCUGACGUUCACCCAGGAGCUAAUUUUGUACAACAAAGAAGUACAGAAUUUAAAAAAUUUUUGCGCUAUGGAAAUAGAUUGAAGAUUUCCCAGGAACUAAAGUAUGGAGACAUCGUUGAGAGACAUCUCCGAGACGACGAUGUUGUCUUAUUCAAUCGACAACCUUCACUACAUAAGCUCAGUAUAAUGGCUCAUAAAGCCAAAGUAUUAGAACACCGAACCUUCAGAUUUAACGAAUGUGUCUGCACGCCUUACAAUGCCGACUUUGAUGGUGAUGAAAUGAACCUACAUUUACCACAAACUGAGGAAGCUAGAGCCGAGGCACUAGUAUUAAUGGGGAACAAAUCAAAUUUAGUAACACCGCGAAAUGGCGAGCUGCUGAUCGCUGCUACUCAGGAUUUUAUAACUGGUGGAUAUCUUUUAACGCAAAAGGAUACAUUCCUCAAUAAAUCGCAAGCUUGUCAAUUGGCGAGUUGUCUUCUGGCGGGAGAUGAUGCAUCAAUGAACAUUGAUCUGCCAGAACCAGCUAUUAUGAAACCAGUAGAACUGUGGACGGGUAAACAAAUUUUUAGUUUGAUACUAAAGCCGAAUAAAAAAUGUCCAAUUAGAGCCAACUUGAAAACCAAGGGCAGAGCAUACACUAGUAACGAAGAGCUGUGCAUUAAUGAUUCGUUUGUAAUAAUCCGUAAUUCUGAACUCCUCGCUGGAUCUAUGGACAAGUCUACGCUAGGUUCCGGAUCUAAGCAAAAUAUUUUUUACGUUUUAUUGAGAGACUGGGGAGAAGACGCUUCAACGACAGCUAUGUGGCGUUUAGCUCGAGUUGCAAGCUACUAUCUUAUGAACAGAGGUUUUUCAAUUGGAAUCAGUGACGUCACACCUGGACAAGGCCUGCUCAAAGCUAAACACGAUCUUCUUACUGCUGGGUAUUCGAAGUGUACUGAAUACAUAACUCAAAUGGAAUCUGGAAGGUUGAUUUGUCAGCCAGGUUGUUCUGAAGAAGAAAGUCUGGAGGCAAUGAUUUUGAAAGAAUUAUCUGUUAUUCGUGAUCACGCAGGAAAAGCCUGUUUGAAGGAACUGCAUCCAAGUAACAGUCCCCUGGUCAUGGCUCUCUCUGGUAGCAAGGGCAGCUUUAUUAACAUUUCACAAAUGAUUGCUUGCGUCGGACAACAAGCUAUCAGUGGGAAACGUGUACCAAACGGGUUUGAGGAUCGUGCUCUGCCGCACUUUGGGCGUCAUUCCAAAGUUCCCGCAGCCAAAGGCUUUGUAGAAAACUCAUUCUAUUCUGGUCUUACUCCAACUGAAUUCUUUUUCCACACAAUGGGAGGCAGAGAAGGUCUCGUAGACACAGCUGUAAAAACUGCAGAGACAGGAUAUAUGCAAAGAAGAUUGGUCAAAAGUUUGGAGGAUCUUUGCCUCCACUAUGAUAUGACGGUCAGAAAUUCUGUCGGAGAUAUUGUGCAAAUUUUGUAUGGCGGAGAUGGUUUAGAUCCAACGUACAUGGAGGGAAAGGACUGUCCAGUCGAUUAUAAAAGAGUCUUGGAUCACACACGAGCAAAGUCUCCCUACAGAGAUGAGCAACCUUUGGAUGGAACAAGUGUAAUUAGUGCUACGACUGAGCUGUUGAAAUCUGAGGACUACUCAUGCCUGAGUGACGAGUUUAAGCAAGAACUAGAAACAUUCCUGAAGUCCGUCGCGCACAAGAUAAAUAGGCUGCGACACAAUGCUACGUCAAAAUCCUCAGCUGUUCAACAAUUGGAACGUCUCACGGUAUCUCAAUUGGUGGAAUUUAUGCAUACGUGUAAGGAAAAAUACAUGAGAGCAAAGAUUGAACCAGGCACAGCGGUUGGAGCUCUUGCUGCACAAAGUAUUGGUGAACCAGGCACUCAAAUGACAUUAAAAACUUUCCACUUUGCUGGUGUCGCCUCCAUGAAUAUUACACAGGGUGUUCCUCGUAUAAAAGAAAUCAUUAAUGCUAAUAGUAAUAUCAGUACACCUAUCAUUACCGCCGCUUUGGAAAAUGAUACAGAUCCAGAAUUUGCAAGACGAGUUAAAGGUAGAAUAGAAAAAACAACAUUAGGUGAAGUUACGGAAUACAUCGAAGAAGUAUAUCUACCAGAUGACUGUUUUCUUUUAAUUAAGUUAGAUGUCGACAGGAUAAAACUUCUGAAAUUGGAAGUUGAUGCAAAUUCUAUUCGUUACUCAAUUUGCACAUCGAAACUUCAUCUAAAUCCAAAACUCGUCAAUGUAAGAGGGGAUUCAAUUAUUACAGUGAAUCCUAACAAGCAGAAACUUAACAUAAACUAUGCUCUCAUGCAACUCAAAGAAACUGUUCCAAACGUUGUCAUAAAGGGUCUGCCGUCUGUUGCCAGAGCAGUAAUUCACAAUGACGACUCCACCGGAAAGACUAGAUACAGAUUGUUCGUUGAAGGUGAUAAUAUGCGCGAGGUCAUGGCCACGCCUGGGGUCUUAGGGAAAAAAACUACAUCUAAUAAUACGAUGGAGGUAUUCAAAACAUUGGGAAUUGAGGCUGCUCGAGCAACGAUCAUGACGGAGAUCAAAUUAGUAAUGGAGAAUCAUGGUAUGAGCAUAGACAGGCGUCAUCCUAUGUUAGUAGCUGAUUUAAUGACUAGCAGAGGGGAAGUUCUUGGCAUCACCCGUCAUGGUCUUUCUAAAAUGAAAGAGUCUGUGCUCAACUUAGCCUCUUUUGAGAAAACAGCAGACCAUCUAUUCGACGCAGCUUACUACGGACAGAAGGAUACCAUCUCUGGCGUAUCCGAGUCAAUUAUCGUUGGUAUUCCAGUCCCUGUUGGCACAGGAAUCUUCAAGUUACUUCACAAAGCUGAGGAUAGUAAACCUGAAAGGAGACAGCUGAUAUUUGAUGACCCGCAAUAUCACAAGAAGAUAACGAAACCUACCACGUCCUAGCUACUCUAAUCUCAAACUUAUUUGUAAAUGUAUUUAUUAUAUGAAAAAUAAAUAUAAUUUUUUUAUAA